CUUUAGACGGCACCUUUUCGUUGUUACACCCCCCAGUUCACAUGUAUGGCAAACUUCCGUCUGACACAUGCAAUGUAGCUGCAAAAUUACUGUGUGAUGUAGUGCAGCUGUUAAAAUAUCAUCGCUUAAAAUCGUAUUGUAUUAGAAAAGAAAAGAAGCAUGGAGGUACUACAAGAGGAGUUCGGGGACAUGUCCCGUCAGCAACUUGCUGCUGCUGUAAAUACUGUGGAGGAAAAGUGGAAACUUCUCCCAGCGUUUUUGAAGGUCAAAGGCCUUGUGAAGCAGCACAUCGACUCUUUCAAUUACUUCAUCAAUGUGGAGAUCAAAAAGAUCAUGAAGGCCAAUGAAAAGAUCACGAGUGAUGCUGACCCAAUGUGGUACUUGAAGUACCUCAAUAUCUAUGUUGGCAUGCCAGAUGUGGAAGAGAGCUUUAACGUCACCAGACCAGUAUCUCCACACGAGUGUCGCCUGAGAGAGAUGACCUACUCUGCACCCAUCACGGUUGAUAUCGAAUACACCCGAGGCAGCCAGAGAAUCAUCCGGAAUGCGCUUCCUAUUGGAAGAAUGCCUAUCAUGUUGCGGAGUUCCAACUGCGUUCUGACAGGAAAGACUCCCAUGGAGUUCUCCAAGCUAAACGAGUGUCCACUAGACCCAGGUGGCUACUUUAUUGUGAAGGGUCAGGAGAAGGUCAUUCUGAUCCAGGAGCAGCUGUCCAAGAACAGGAUCAUUGUGGAGCAGGACAGGAAGGGAGCCGUCGGGGCCUCAGUCACCAGCUCCACCCAUGAGAAGAAGAGUAGGACUAACAUGAUCGUAAAGCAGGGACGCUUUUACCUGAAGCACAACACUCUGUCUGAGGAUGCACCCAUCGGCAUCAUUUUCAAGGCGAUGGGUGUGGAGAGUGAUCAGGAGAUUGUGCAGAUGAUCGGUACAGAGGAACACGUGAUGGCUGCCUUCGCUCCCAGUCUGGAAGAGUGCCAGAAGGCUCAGAUCUUCACACAGACACAGGCGUUGAAAUACAUAGGUAACAAGGUGCGGCGUCAGCGCAUGUGGGGAGGCCCCAAGAAGACUAAGAUGGAGGAGGCACGAGAGCUGCUGGCUUCAACCAUCCUCACACACGUACCUGUGAAGGAGUUUAACUUCCGGGCAAAGUGUAUUUACCUGGCGGUGAUGGUGCGCAGGGUUAUCCUGGCCCAGGGUAACAACAAGGUGGACGACAGAGAUUACUACGGCAACAAGCGUCUUGAGCUGGCUGGCCAGCUGCUGUCGCUGCUGUUUGAGGAUCUGUUUAAGAAGUUCAACACGGAGCUGAAGAAGAUCGCCGACCAGAUCAUCCCCAAGCAGAGGGCUGCCCAGUUUGAUGUCGUCAAGCACAUGAGGCAGGACCAGAUCACCAACGGCAUGGUCAACGCCAUCUCCACAGGUAACUGGUCGCUGAAGCGUUUCAAGAUGGACCGCCAGGGCGUGACGCAGGUGCUGUCUCGUCUCUCCUACAUCUCGGCGCUGGGCAUGAUGACGCGCAUCUCCUCCCAGUUCGAGAAGACCAGGAAGGUCAGUGGGCCGCGCUCCCUGCAGCCCUCCCAGUGGGGCAUGCUGUGCCCCUCGGACACCCCUGAAGGAGAAGCGUGUGGUCUGGUGAAGAACUUGGCCCUGAUGACCCACAUCACCACAGACAUGGAGGACGGCCCCAUCAUCAAGCUGGCCUUCAACCUGGGGGUGGAGGACGUCAACCUGCUGUGUGGAGAGGAGCUCUCCUACCCCACUGUCUUCCUCGUCUUCCUCAAUGGUAACAUCCUGGGAGUGAUCCGGGACCACCACAAGCUGGUGAAGACCUUCCGGCUGAUGCGGAGAGCCGGCUUCAUCAACGAGUUUGUCUCCAUCUCCACCAACCUGACUGACCGCUGUGUAUACAUCUCCUCAGACGGCGGCAGGCUAUGCAGGCCCUAUAUCAUUGUGAAGAACAGUCAGCCGGCUGUGAAGAACAAACACAUCGAGGAGCUGUCACAGGGAUACAGAAACUUUGAGGACUUCCUGCAUGAGAGCCUGGUGGAGUACCUGGAUGUGAAUGAGGAGAAUGACUGCAGCAUCGCCCUCUAUGAACACAUGAUCACCAAGACCACUACCCAUCUGGAGAUUGAGCCCUUUACGCUGCUGGGCGUGUGUGCAGGCCUGAUCCCAUACCCCCACCACAACCAGUCUCCCAGGAACACCUACCAGUGCGCCAUGGGAAAGCAGGCCAUGGGUACGAUCGGCUACAACCAGAGGAACCGCAUCGACACGCUGAUGUACCUGCUGGCCUACCCCCAGAGGCCCAUGGUGAAGACCAAGACCAUCGAGCUCAUCGACUUUGAGAAGCUGCCCGCCGGCCAGAACGCCACUGUGGCCGUCAUGAGCUUCAGUGGCUACGACAUAGAGGACGCCCUCGUGCUUAACAAGGCCUCCCUCGACCGAGGGUUUGGCCGGUGCCUGGUCUACAAGAACGCCAAGUGCACGCUGAAGCGCUACACCAACCAGACCUUCGACAAGGUGAUGGGCCCCAUGUUGGACGCUGAGACACGCAAGCCCAUCUGGAGACACAGCAUCCUGGACGCAGACGGCAUCUGCUCUCCUGGUGAGAAGGUUGAGAAUAAGCAGGUGCUGGUGAAUAAGUAUAUGCCCACCGUCACACAGACGCCACUGGAGGGCACUGCCCAGCCCGGGCAGCCGCAGUACAGAGACGUGCCCAUCACCUACAAGGGCUCCACGGACUCGUACAUUGAGAAGGUGAUGAUCUCGUCAAACGCGGAGGAUGCCUUCCUCAUCAAGAUCCUGCUGAGACAGACCAGGAGACCCGAGAUAGGAGACAAGUUCAGCAGCCGACAUGGACAGAAAGGAGUGUGUGGGUUGAUCGUCCCUCAGGAGGACAUGCCGUUCUGUGACACAGGUAUCUGUCCCGACAUUAUCAUGAACCCGCACGGAUACCCAUCCCGUAUGACGGUGGGUAAGCUGAUAGAGCUGCUGGCGGGCAAGGCCGGUGUGCUGGACGGCCGCUUCCACUACGGCACAGCCUUCGGAGGCAGCAAGGUGAAGGACGUGUGUGAAGACCUGAUUCGCUACGGAUACAACUACCAGGGCAAGGACUAUGUUACCUCUGGCAUCACUGGAGAGCCACUGGAGGCGUAUAUCUACUUUGGCCCCGUGUACUACCAGAAACUGAAGCAUAUGGUGCUGGACAAGAUGCACGCCAGAGCCCGCGGACCCAGGGCCGUGCUCACGAGGCAGCCUACGGAGGGUCGCUCCCGUGACGGAGGCCUGCGUCUGGGUGAGAUGGAGAGGGACUGUCUGAUUGGCUACGGGGCCAGCAUGCUGCUACUGGAGCGCCUCAUGAUCUCCAGCGAUGCCUUCGAGGUGGACGUGUGCGGACAGUGUGGCCUGCUGGGAUACUCAGGCUGGUGCCACUACUGCAAGUCCUCUUGUCACGUGUCAUCUCUACGCAUCCCCUACGCCUGCAAGCUGCUUUUCCAGGAACUGCAGUCCAUGAACAUCGUGCCACGCCUUAAACUGUCCCGCUACAACGAGUGACCAACAUGAACUAUUCCACUACAACGGGUGACACGACUGUGUCCUCCUUAAACUGGCAUAGUGACCUGGUGCCACGCCUUAAACUGUUUAGCUGUAAUGAGUGAUCGGGAAUAGAGUGUCAAUUUUUAUUCCUUUUGACAGUUGUACAAAAUGAGUUGUUUUGUUUAUCUUUCCAAGAUGGUUGCGGUUAUUUUUGUUGCAUGUUUUCUGUUUACAGGUGUGAGAUAUAUCUUUUACCUCAUCAUGAGUUGCAACAACAGAGCAAUGACAGAAUUAUAUAGUUUUGUUCAUCAGUUUGAUUAGUACAGCAUUGUAACUAAACAUUGAGUUGGUUCAUUAGAUUCAUGUAACUCCUACAUGACUGCCAUGUUUGUCCGUACGAAUCUCUAAAGUCAUCAUCGGCUUUAUUUGUGUGUGGAUGUGUAUAUACUGUAUAUGCCUAUGGGUACCACAAAGUGGUCAAAGUGACUGAACGAGUGAAUAAACAGUAUUAUUUGAACUAAA